CUGAAGGACAGAAAUGACUUCGGAUUCCCCCAGGAAGACUUGGAUGGCCACCAGCUGCAGAAGGCCCGAGCCAUCUCUGUCCUCCAUGAGAUGACCCAGCAGAGCUUCAACCUCUUCUGCACAGAGGGCUCAUCGGCUGCUUGGGAUGAGAGCCUCUUGGACAAACUCUGCACUGGACUCUGUCAGCAGCUGGACGACCUGGAAGCCUGUCUGAUGCCGGAGGUGGGGGUGGAAGAGACUCCCCUGGUGAACGAGGACUUCGCACUGGCCGUGAGGAAAUACUUCCAAAGAAUCAGUCUCUACCUGAAAGAGAAGAGGCACAGCCCUUGCGCCUGGGAGGUCGUGAGA